AUGCCGCCCCUCACCUUCUCCUGGGAAUCAGGUCCAAUGCACCACUUCCCCAUCCCUAGCCCCACCAACACCGCGAAUGACCUAUCCGACAGUCACCAACAUACUAUCAUCCGCGCCCUCAACAGCAUCUACAUCCAAGCCCCCUCCAUCCCGCUUUCCUCAUCCUUCCACUUCACUACCUACUGCUUAACCAUCUACCGCUGCCUAACCGCCUACGACUCCCCCGAACUCGCGCGCAUAACAGGCGAGACACAGGUCACGCCAGAACUCGACGCCCCGUUGCGCGCGUGGGGAGCGUGGCUGGAGAGCUGCGCAGCCCGCAGGAAUAACUUCAGCGGCGUGAUUUGUCGGGAUUUCAUGGAUGAGUUUAUCCCGGGGUUGCAGUGGCAUUUUACUGCUCUAUCGGGGAGGAUGAGUGGGUCGGGGAAUGUAGAUGCGAUGAUGAAGGCGCAUAUGGAGAAGGUGUUUGGCGGGAUGAGUAAGACGGAAGAAUUGCCUGCCAUGUUGUGUAAUCAUGAUGGGACGAUGGGAGAGUUUUCGGAGGGGUUGAGCGGGUGGGAACGGUGGAUGGUGAAGAAUUUGUGGGCGAAGAAGCGUAAGGAGGUGUGA